AAUCUCGCUAACUUUCCUUUAGCGGAAGUGAGCGACAGCACGAGCAAAUGCGGAACUAACUACCUAAGCAGAAUAAAAUAAUAAAAACUAUUAUCCAUUCGACACAUUGUAAUAAUUUAAAACUGUCCACAAUGUCCAGGCAGUCCAAUCGAACAGCAGACAGUAAGAAGAUGAACUCAGAGCUCUUCACUCUGACAUAUGGGGCUCUGGUCACUCAACUGUGUAAAGACUAUGAGAAUGAUGAAGAAGUCAAUAAACAACUGGACAAAAUGGGUUAUAACAUUGGAGUUCGUCUCAUUGAAGACUUCCUGGCACGCUCCAGCAUCGGCAGGUGUCAAGAUUUCCGAGAAACAGCUGACGUCAUUGCUAAGGUUGCCUUUAAGAUGUACCUGGGAACAACUCCCAGUGUGACCAACUGGAGCCCAGCUGGAGAUGAAUUCUCACUCAUCCUAGAGAAUAACCCACUGGUGGACUUUGUGGAGCUGCCAGAUAAUCACAAUACACUGAUAUACUCCAACCUGCUGUGUGGGGUCCUCAGAGGAGCGCUGGAGAUGGUCCAGAUGGCGGUGGAUGUGAGAUUUGUCCAGGACACGCUGAGAGGAGACAACGUCACAGAAAUCCGCAUGAAGUUCAUUAAAAGGAUUGAGGAAAAUCUCCCAGCAGGAGAUGAGUGACGUGGUGUAGUGUUUUACAAGGAACGUGUUCACUUACAGACUGAAAGGAUGAAUCACCUGAAGUUCAACACAUCAGCUUGGGUGAUACAUGGCAACAUUACUGUCACUUUCCUUUCUAUCUUUAUGUCAGGUAAGAGCUCUCAAUUAAUGUGGCCGCUCUCAUAAUAAAGGAGAAAGGAAGGAAUACGUUUGAUGCCAUAAAAACACCUACAGUAAAUAUUUUGACAUCUAGUUUUAUGGUGCUGAUUAAAAAGGCCGGUGGUCGGUAAAACAUUUAAGAUUCAUGAAGGAGAAAUAAAACAAGCUGCAAAAUCAUAACUCUACCUGGAAUAUAUUUUGGCUGACAGGGUGAAAGAUGCUGUGGACCACAAUCUUAUGUAAUACUUUAUACUAAAAUUUCAUGUUGUGAUUCACAUUCUAUUCCUCAUUCCUUAUUUAUUUGAUCAUGUGUCUAGCCCUAAAACACGGCCAUUUUUAAAUCUAAUCCAUAAUCUAGUUCUUUCAUUUGCUGACGUAGUAAUUUAUGUACAAAGACGCAAAUAAAUGCAACAGAUUAGCUUCAGAAACACCUCACUUCUCAGUUUGUUUUCUUGACAUUGAGCAGUUCUAACUCACAAGCUGGACCUUGUGUCCAACAUGUCACCUUGUCACUGCUGCAGUGUCCUGUAUGAGUGUUAUGGUGUCGGAAAACCACGCACACUCUGUAAAGGCCAACAGCAACUGAACUAAUUUCUUUUUUGUGUUUGUUUUUUAACUUUCAUGGAAAGUAACUUGCGUGUUUGUGGUCGCAAAAUGUGUCUGUCUUGUGUGUGCAUGUAUCAUGAACAUUCACAGUUGGCACACCUGUGAAUGUUAUGUCGGCACAAGGCUACUGAACACCUCAUCAGUGAUUAUGAACACACUGAAAACGCAUACAGACACGUCAUCAAAAGAACACUCAACAACAACAUUGCAAAUUUAUAAUUAUGUACUAAUAACUACUAAUACUAAUAAUGGUGAUAUUUGUUUCAGGUUUCCUUUUGGUACACACUAUUAGCUCCUUAGUUAGAAGCCCUGAAAUUCUCAACAUAUUUUGGGGUUUAUUCUGUCAUCCACCACCAGAGGCUGCUGUUCUCAUUGAGUUCUUUCCGCUAAAGGCUGCAUAUAUCCCUAGACCUCUGUCAUUUAACAUUCUUUGACCAAAGAUGGUUAUUGUAGGAGAAAUACAUUCCUUUAUUUGUGAGCAUGGUGUGUAGUAGUUCAUUUGUCUAAGCCCACUUCCAUUUUGUGAAUAAGGAUUCUGGGUAAUCAUUAGAAUUGUUUAAAACAUUAAAUAUUUGAGGCAUUUUAAUAGUGGUCAGCAUGCAAUACACCUGGUGGUUGUUUUGAUGAUCUAUAUUUCCUGUAGAAUCAAGUUGUUCUUCGCUUACCCAAAGGUUAAUAACUUGACAGUGGAUGUUGAAUCAAUGUUUAAACACCUAUUAAAAACCACAUAAAAAAAGAGAUAAAUGAACUGCAAAUAUCCCUCGGCAAAUGCGAGAAUCGCCGUGUCACUUUUGUUCCACAACCGAUCACCAACAAGCCUGUUUAUAGUUGAUUGUUUCCGAAGCUCUAUCCAUUAAACGAGACUUUCAAGGAUCCAAACAAA